CUGAUUUGUGUUUUGCAAUCUGGAUCUUGAUAUAGCCUAAUAAUGUCCUGUAGCAUUCUGUAUCUGCUGCUGUUUGUGCUGUUCAGCUGUAACUGCAGCAGUAUGUCUGAGGCACAGGAGGAGGAGAAGAAAGCACUCACUGGCAGGAGCGAGUCUUUACCUGUGGAGUUUGGUGCUGCUGGGAAUCAGCAGUCCUGCCUCAUCACAGGCCUUUACCCACUGUUGGCAGAGCUGAGCUCCAGUCUUCAGUCUCUGAAGGCCAGCAUGGACCAGGAACAGUUUAGGAGAAAAGAAGAACAUAAUAUAGCAUUUUCUGCUACACUCGGAAACAGAGGAGAUGUUGGGCCCUUCAACACAAAUUUCCCACUGGUUUACCAAAAAGUAUUUUUGAAUGCUGGGUCAUGUUACAACACAGGCACUGGCAUUUUCACAGCACCUGUUAAAGGAGUCUAUUUCUUCAGUCUUUCUGGACAUAACAAGACAUCCAAACCCAUGGCUCUAAGACUCUUUAAAAAUGGAGAGCCGAUGACAGGUGUAUACAACCAUCCUCUAACUGAUGCAGGUAUCCGGUAUGAAUCAUUGUCUACUUCAAUCACUUUGAUGCUGGAGAAAGGAGAUCAGGUCUUUGUGCAUCUCUUGGCAAAUGCAUGGGUGUUUGAUAAUAAUGAUAAUCUAACUCUAUUUACUGGCCAUUUGGUCUUUCCUCUUUGACCAUCUUAUUACAGUUUUCCCUAAUUGCUUUGGGUCAAUUUGUGAAUUAUCUUUUAUUUUUUCUUAAAACAGUAAGUUCAAGUCUCUCCCAGAUUUUAAUAAUGGCAUGUGUUUUAGUACAUGUCUGAAAACAAUCAACAAUCAAGUUUGGAAGCAUUUUUAUGGAGCUUGCCUGCCUGGAUGUCAUUUUGUGUCAAAUGUCUGUUCAAAACAGUAUUUGCUGUAUAACUUUACAUGUAAGAAAUGUGUAAAAAUGAACAUGCAAAUGUGAAUUUCCUGUUUACAUGUAACUU